AUGACUGCUCCUGUAUGUUUUCCAGAUAUUGUCAACCUCACCGCGGCUUCUUGUUCAGCAUUGUCAAUAAGAGAUUCUUCAACUCGCAGUGGAAUGUAUUACAUUAAUCCCCAAGGACUAAGUUCAUAUCCAUUAGUUCAAGUGUACUGUAACAUGACUUCGAAGGAUGGUGUUGGUGUGACAGAGAUUGGACACGACCAUGAAUCGCGAACACUCGUGGUCGGAUACGAGAGCCAGGUUCUUACAUACGGAACAUCAAAUAUAUCAUUUCAAUGGAACAUAUUAUUGCAAUUACGAAUCUGUCCAAGAAUUGUGAGCAGUUUAUAAAAUAUGAAUGUCGUGGAAGCUCCUUUCGAAACGCUGGAGGUCAUUAUAGUUGGUGGAUAUCGCGUCAAGGUUCGAAGAUGAAUUACUGGGGUGGAGCCGCAGUUAACAGCAGUGAAUGUGCAUGUGGAAUGAUCGACACAUGCGCAGGUGGGGGAAAAUGUAAUUGUGACGUCAAUGACUACACAUGGCGUGAAGAUAGUGGGUACCUGACAGACAAGAAUACGCUUCCUGUUACUGAGCUGAGAUUUGGUGAUACAGGUGGCCAAGGAGAGAAAGGAUAUCAUACACUGGAAAAACUGCGAUGUUGGGGUUAG